AUAGUGGGUCACACACACACGGACAUAAAUGCAAAGUUCAGCUUGUUUGCAAAAAAGUUGAGCGGUUGCGAUGCGUAUACCAUGGAUGAGCUCUUCGAUGUCCUCAAAGCGUCCUGCGAAGAGGAAGUCGAUUGCACAUUGCUCACUGAAAUUGCUGAUUGGAAAACCGCCAUAGAUCCAUACAUCGACCAUAAAAUCAAGGGUCAUGCUAUGCCACACCUCUUCCGAUUUUACAUGGAUGGGGACAACCCCGCCAUGAUGUACAAGGAGUUCUGCACUGACAAAAAAUGGGAGCCAGAUACUGGCCCUGUGUAUUGGUUUGUGAGGGACGCAAACAAUGGGUGGGUAGAGCCUCAAUGGGAUUUCCAACCUUGCCGUGAGUCGCCUAAUCCACUGGCAAGCGAUUUCGUUAACAGGAUGGCGGGGGUACGUGUUCUUCAUAAAUCGUGGGAGAAUACACAAAACCAAUGGGUGACACAAGACGAACACACAAGAGCAAUGAAACGUAGACGCUUGAGCUAUUGGACCGACCAUCUCAAGAAGUUUGAAAAUAUAUCGCAAGAGGAGAGCGGCACGGUGCCCUUUCAAGGUGCCUUCUGGCCAGCCCCCAUGCCCGACAAACAAGAUCUCCUGUUACGUGCGCAGCAUAUUCUCGACUCGCCACAGAGGAAACCUUGCUUCGUCGGUUACAAAAAAGACGCUCCGAAGCCGGAGUUCAAACCGCACGAGUCUGUCGCCGUGAACAACUUCGUCGUGUUCCGCGCGUCCGACGAGUAUGUUGCAAAGGGCUGCACAUUCUGGAUUGGACGAGUUCAGGAGCAGGACGGUAAUUGCAUCCGUGUCAAGUACUGGACUCUUUGCGGAAAGGAGCGCGAUUUGACAAAGCUGUAUGCAGGCGCAUGGGAAAAAUCAUGGAAGGUCGAAACUGAAACAAACGAUGGGUGGCAAGACCUCGACACCGUUGUGUGGGCAUGGUCCAGCAAUAAACGUUCUGAAACAGGUGGGGUAUCACGCGUCCUACUAGUGAGUGGGCUAGCCGGUACGAUGGUAAUAAAGCAUAGCAGCAGCAAAGAUGGUGGCUCUGCUGCAAUCUCGUCGUCGUUCGCUGGUCAGCUCCGAAUCCGCCGUGGAUGGUCUCAGCCGAGUGACUCUUUCCUUAUGCUCGUCCUCACUCCGUCUUCGGUAGUGGAAGCCCUCCGCUUCGUAGCGAUCGAAACGCUGGCACUCCGUGCACAGAGUGCGGGGCCAAUGGGGCGCCACUGCCGUCCACGGAAUGACGAUCAGCUCGUUAAACGGCAACAAUAUCGAGUAGGGUGGAAAGUGCGUAUCGAUGAUGACAAAUCCAGCGUCUACGAACCCAGAACAACGGUUGGCCGGAGGGAAGUAAUACUGCCCGCCGAUUUGUGCGACGGCUUCUCAGAGCGCUAUUUCUGUCAAUACUUUGUGGAGUCUGGUGCCGUGCACUCUCUACUCCAAUGCAUCAAGAAGACUGUCUUGGUGGCAAUCUUGGCAGUUCGAGCACUCCGGCUUCUUGUGGAGGCAGCCACACACACACUUGCAAUUGGAACAUCCUUGCUGACUGACUUUUCGGCCCUGGUGAUCCUGAUGAAGGAGCCCUUUGGAUUACCCAACCGGCCAACCAAGCAUCACAUUGAGCUGCUGCCUGGAGCGGUCCCUCCCAAGGGCCGCAUCUACAGGAUGUCACCUGCUGAGCUUGAGGAGCUCAGGCGACAGCUUGAGACCCUGACCAGCAAGGGCUGGAUCAGGCCCAGCACUUCUGAAUUCGGUGCUCCAGUCCUCUUUGUUCCAAAGGGGAGUGGUGAGUUCAGAAUGUGCAUAGACUACAGGGGUCUCAACAAGAUCACUAGGAAGAGUACAGAGUCACUUCUCAGGAUUGAUGACCUUCUAGAUAUGGUCCAGGGCUGCACCAUCUUCAGCAAAGUCGACCUCAAAUCUGGCUAUCACCAGAUUGAGAUGGCAGAGGAAGACGUCCACAAGACGGCCUUCAAGACCAGGUAUGGUACUUAUGAGUACCUGGUGAUGCCAUUUGGACUUUGCAAUGCACCUGGCACAUUCGAGACUGAGAUGCACCGCAUAUUCAGGCCGUACCUGGAUAAGUUUAUGGUUGUCUACCUGGAUGAUAUCCUGGUAUUCGGCAAAACUACCAGGGAACAUGCGGAGCACCUGGCUCUGGUCCUUCAGUCAUUACGUGACAGCCAGUAUAAGAUCAACAGGGAGAAGUCCUCUUUUGGAGUUCCCUCUGUUAUCUAUCUGGGUCAUGUGAUCUCUGGAGAUGGGUUGGCCCCUGAAGCAUCCAAAGUUGCUGCUAUUCGGGAUUGGCCACAGCCCCACACAGUGAGAGAUGUCCGGUCAUUCUUGGGUCUGGCCUCCUACUACAGAAAGUUCGUCAGGAACUUUUCUGCAGUGGCUGCACCCCUGACUAACCUUACAAAGAAAGACACUCCCUUUCUUUGGUCCCUCCACUGUCAGAUGGCCUUUGCACGACUCAAACAGGCCUUGACUCGUGCACCUGUUAUGAAGUUGCCUGACCCCACUUUGCCUUUUGUACUGACUACUGAUGCUAGCCAGUAUGGCAUUGGGGCAGUCCUUCAGCAGGAUGAUGGGAAUGGUCUGAGAGCUGUAGAGUUUAUGAGUAAGAAGAUCAAGACUCAAAAGCUGCAGGACUCCACCUACGAGAAAGAGCUUUAUGCUCUUGUCAGUGCCCUGAAACACUGGAAACACUUUCUCCUGGGCAGACACUUCAAGAUCUUUUCUGAUCAUUCCACUCUACAGUGGUUGAAGUCCCAGGGAGAGUUGAACGAUAAGCUGACACGAUAUAUUCAGUUCAUUGAUCUGUUUGACUUUCAACUGAAGCACAAGAAGGGCUGCUACAACAAGGUAGCAGACGCCCUCUCUCGUGGGCCUGACUCCUUUGCCUUGAUCUCCUCUACUCACUCCUUUGGAGAGGAGGUCCGUCAGACCAUUACUCGUUCUCUACCUCAGGAUCCGACUUAUGGACCCAUCGUCAGGAAUCUGCAAGCAGAUCCCAAUUCUGAACCAGGCUAUGCCCUGAGUUCAGAUUUGCUGUACACUUACAGCAGAGGAGAGGAGUGCUUGUGCAUCCCUGAGGAUCAGCAGCUGCGGACACUGCUGAUGUCAGAGUGCCACGAUGCGCGUGGACACUUUGGGUUCUUAAAGUCGUAUGCAGCCCUGUCGCAGCGCUUCUUCUGGAAGGAGAUGCGGAGUGAUAUGCUGCGCUAUGUGGACACCUGUGAGCUCUGCCAAAGGAACAAGGUUCAGCGGAAACCUCCUUUAGGAUUGCUCAAACCUUUGCCCAUACCUGAUGGUCCUGCCCAGUCUACAACGAAGACAAAGGAGGGGCCGAUCUCAGCCGGCAUGGGGGGGCAAAUGAAGAAGAAGAAGAAGAAGGAGAAGAAGAAGAAGAGGAAGAAGAGGACAAAGAAACGGAUGAAGAAGAAGAAGAAGAAGAAGAAGAAGAAGAAGAAGAAGAAGAAGAAGAAGAAGAGGAGGAGGAGGAGGAGGAGGAGGAAGAAGAAGAAGAAGAAGAAGAAGAAGAAGAAGAAGAAGAAGAAGAAGAAGGAGGAGGAGGACGCUGGCAAAGAGGAAGGAGAUGGAGAGGGGGGGGGAGAGGGAGAGGAAGGCGGAGAGGAAGUGGAAGGGGAAGGAGAAGGAGGAGAAGGGGGAGGGGGAGAAGAAGGGGGAAGUGGAGAGAACAGAUUUGAAAGCAUCCGCACCGCUGAUCUAUGCUCACUACGAGCGACAAAGGUUAGCUCAGGGACCUUCACGACCUGCCCCUCCCACCCRGACUGUGGUCCCUCCCUCAGACAGACAGCUUCGCCCUCGCAGCAGGAGGACAUUCACAACCUCGACGACGCAGUUCAGACGCACAAUCAGGUGUUUGACCGACUCACCAGCCGCAUCCAACAGCUGGAACAAACCGUCCCCGCCCCCGUUGCCAGCUCUUCCAACACCUCCGAAUGCCUCAAGGCAUUGGAGAUGGACGUCGGAUCCCUCAAGGACGACAUGCAGGUACAGCAAACCGCAAUGCAACAAUUGGAGCAGCGGAUCUGUACUGCCGCCACCCACUCGAGCUCGGGACCCCGCGAGACAACUCCAAAGUUCGAUGAUCAGGAGAUCUUAUGCGAUUCGACGAAGACGGACCCGAUUCCGUGGUUCUGCAAGUUCGAACUCAAGUUGCAGCUUCACUACGUCAGCGAGCACAAGCAUCACACGUACUUAUACUCCCGCUCGGAGGGCGCAUGCCAAGCAUGGUUGGACAAUCUCUUGUCCAAGUACGGAGUGGUGGCUGCAGACUUGCACACCAAGAUCAGCUGGGAUGAUCUAAAGGCGGCGUGGCAUAAGCGGUUCCAAGUAGAGCCGCCGGAGAUCAAGGCAAUGGACAAGCUGAUGGCCUUCGAACAAGGCAUGCUGCCGAGUGUUGGCUGGAUUGCUAAGUACCAACGCUUGACAUCCGUCCCAGACAUUCAAAUGGUCUUCAAAGCCAUCAAACACUACUUCAUCUCGAGGUCGUGUCCGGCGUUGGGCAAUGCCUUGACUCACGUCAAGGACACCCUGACGACACCGACGGAGCUCUUCCACAAGGCCGCACAUAUUAUUGUCACGAACAAGGAGGCCAAGAACCUCCACCGUUCGUUUGUGACAAGCCUGAGUAGAGAUCAGCAUCGGUCGAAAGUGGUUGUGGUCGCAGCGGCAACGCCAAUCGACCAAACUAGCGAGGCCGUGUCUACCAAUGAACGGGACAGACUCACAGCCGCCCGGGAAGGUGGCCGCACAGGCAAAGGCCGAGGACGCGGCAAGACGAAGACAAACACCGCAUCUAGUCUCGGGCCCAACGCAACAGCUUCAGCCCCAUGGUCCCACUAUGGUCGAAACGGAGUACAAGGCACGCACGAGAUUCCGUUAUUGCCUGUGGUGCAACAACGAUCUCCACGAGACAAUGCGCUGCCCGUCGAAAGGCAAAGGCAAAUCGGGAAACUGAGCACCGCCGAGAGUAAGUCGACGACACUCUCGACGCUUUCGGAACUAGUCACUUCGUGGGUGACCGCCCUUCGUUCCGAGGCACAUGCGGAAGUCGAUCGUCCUCUGCUUUAUGCUUUUGAGGAUUAUGCUGCCCGGCUCGUUCCUACGCUGGGUACUCAUGCUCAAGGACACGACGUGUGUGCGGCAUCUUCUCCGUCUGGCAGCCGCAACUUAACGUCUUCAAGUGGUUCUUCACGGGAUUCAGCGCGCGGGUUCAACAUAAAGUUCGCCGACAUCUUCGAGUCACCUACCGGUGUGGUGCCGGAUCGGCCAAUCUCUCACGACAUCAUUCUUGAGGCCGGUGUCGUGUCGUCGAAAGGUUGCAUUUAUCGCAUGAGCGAGGAGGAGCUUACUGUCCUCCGCGCGCAACUCGAUGAUUUGUUGGACAAGGGCAGGAUCCGCCCUAGUAGCUCUCCAUACGGAGCCCCAAUUCUGUUCAUACGGAAGAAGAACAAGGAUUUACGAUUCUGCAUCGACUACUGCAAGCUCAACGCGCAAACCGUCAAGAUUGUGGGGCCUCUUCCUCGCAUCAACGAUCUUCUUGAGCGAUUGGGCGGCGCAGAGUAUUUUUCUAAGUUGGAUUUGAAGUCGGGAUAUCAUCAAAUCUCAAUCCGACCGAACGAUCGCUACAAAUCCGCGUUCAAGACGCGAUAUGGGCAUUUUGAGUGGGUGGUCAUGCCUUUUGGCCUCACCAACGCCCCGACAACCUUUCAAGCGGCAAUAACCAACGAAUUCCGUGCAAUGUUGGACCUGUUCAUGCAAGUCUACUUAGACGAUAUUCUCGUCUAUAGCCGGACAUUGGAGGAUCAUCUUGGGCAUCUUCGACGAGUGUUGGAGACGCUCUGCUGCGCCAAGUACAAGGCCAACCGCGACAAGUGCGAAUUUGACCGGCAAGAGCUGGAAUACUUGGUCUAUUUUGUCACACCAGAGAGCAUCAGUCCGUUGUCGGACAAGAUUCAAGCCAUCCAAGAGUGGCCGGAGCCGCGGAACGUCACGGAUGUCCGUUCGUUCCUUAGCCUUGCCGGCUACUACCAACAUUUUAUCAAGGAAUACUCGAAGACUGCAGCCCACUUGUCCAAGCUUCAAUGCGAGGAUCGACCGUUUGACUUCGGGGAGGAUGCGCAGGAAUCAUUUUUGGCUCUCAAAGCCACAUUAUUAUCUGCGGAGGUCUUGUGCAUAUACGACCCGCAAACGAGGUCUUGUGCAUAUACGACCCGUUAUUGCCAACGCGCGUCACUGCGGGACAUCUUCAUUCGCGGCUAUCAAGCCGACCCCGAGUUUCGCGACAAGUAGGCGAAUUGGUCCUCUCCUAAUACGGUGCCUUCUCACU